ACGGUAGCGGUCAGUGACUCACAGAGACCCGCUGUUUCCGUGGAGAAACACGUCCACAUGUUUAAGAGCCCAAUUUCAAAUAAAAUGUCAGAGGGAUUAAAACUGGGAACAAGUUUGGAGACAUAGGCGUUGCUUUCAGACGGCAUGGAUUCCAAAAGGCAGAGUGUGGUGAUGGAGCGCCUUGUAACUGAGCUCAACUCUCUGCUGAAAAUGCUGGACCAUGAGACAGUUAGCCCUGAUACCGCCGACAAGAUGGCCUCCGUACGCAACAUCCUGGACUCACUUCAGCUAUCAGUCAAUGGAUCAGGAGUUUACAUGAACGGCACCAGCUUCGUCGAGUCUCUGUUUGAGGAUUUCGAUUGUGAUUUGCACAUGCUUCGUGCUUCUCCGGUGGAGCAGAAAGAACCUAAAGAUAAGGGGGAGAAUGCACAGCCCAGUAAAUCAACCCCCACUGACACGCCGCCGCCUUUGCCAGCAACACCGCUUCCAGAUGACUACUAUGAAGAAGCUGUUCCUCUUGAUCCUGGAUCCUCCCCUCAGUAUUUUACCACAAAUUCCAGAAACUCUGUUGAAGAUGCUUACUAUGAAGAUGCUGAUAAUAAUUACCCAGCCACCAGGAUUAAUGGACCCUCUAAAACCUCCAACAAUGACUCCGACGCAUUGAGCAGCUCCUAUGAGUCAUACGAGGAAGAGGAGGACGAGGCGAAGGGGCGGGACUCAUCUCAGAGGUGGACGGCUGAGGGAAGCCCUGAUGGACCGGUCAGGGACUGCCGCAUAUGUGCCUUUCUGAUGCGAAAAAAGCGCUUUGGCCAAUGGACAAAGCAGCUAGUGGUUGUCAGAGACAAUAAACUCCAGUGCUAUAAAAGCUUAAAGGAGACAUCGCCCAACACAGAGCUCCCCUUGAACCUCUGCAACGUCAUCUACGUCCCAAAAGAAGGCCGGAAAAAGAGGCACGAGCUCCGCUUCUCUUUGCCCGGAGGGGAGGCUCUGGUCCUUGCCGUUCAGAGUAAAGAACAGGCCCAGCGAUGGCUCAAGGUGGUUCAUGAUGUUGGGAGUCAGUGCAACAACACAGAGGGGCUGAAUGGAUCAACCUCUCCUAUAAUACAGAGGAAACUGGAGCUUGACAAGAUGCUGCCAUCAGAUAAACAAACAUCAGACUCAGACAGCUGUCCAAUAGGAGACAGUCAGUCCAACACUCAUGGAUCAGGACGAGACAUGACCGACUCACUCAACAGGGGGAAGCGGGGCGCGUUCUCAGAGCUGACUGGGUCGAUGAGCCGAGCAGCAGGAAAGAAAAUCAAUCGGAUCAUCACAUUCUCCAAAAAGAAACCUCCGUUACCAGGGGACCCUCCCUCGUCCUCUGGCCUCCAUGACAACCCCCGCUGUGGUUAUCUCAGCGUGUGUCUAAGUGGCUCUUGGAAGGCGCGCUGGUGCAUUCUCCGAGGUGGAAACCUAUACUUGCAAAAGGACCCUGGUGACCAGCGGCCUCCAGUCAUUGUGGUGCCCCUCAAGGGGGCAGAGGUGGUUCCAGGGGGUUUAGGACCCAAACAUCCCUUCUCAUUUCAUAUCAUGCAAGGUGGCAAUGAGCUGGCAGCUUUGGAGGCAAGCUCCUCUGAAGAUCUUGGUCGCUGGUUGGGCCUUUUGUUUGCCGAGACUGGCAGCACCACCCUCCCUGAAGAGCUCCACUACGACUACAUCGACGUGGACACACUGACCGACAUACGGCACGCUGCCAGACACUCCUUCUUGUGGGCUACUACCACUGCUACCUCCUCCAGCAGUGCAUCAGUAGAUUCCAGAACUUAUGAUGAAGUCUACGAAAGCAUUGCAGACGAGGACGUUGAGAGCACAGCAGGUCAGGUGAGGCGUCAUGCCUCUUUCUCCAGCAGGGACUCCGAAAAAACCGAACAACAGGCUACCAUCAAGAGGCACGCCUCCAAUGUGAAUCAGUAUGGGCGCUAUGGGAAGAUGCGUGCAGAGGAAGACGCCAGGAGGUACCUUAGACAGAAAGAGGAGCUGGAGAAGGAAAAGGAGGAGCUGAGAAAUGCACUGAUCUCCCUCCGUAGGGAAAGGAAGGGGGUGAAGGAGCAAAUGAAGAGUGACACAGGUGAAGCUAUGGAAAAGCGGUUAGCGGAGAUAGAGACAAUGUGCAAACAGAAGGAGGAGGAGAGGGUGGAGCUGGAGCUCCGACUGACAGAAGUCAAAGAAAAUCUGAAGAAAUCUCUGGCUAGAGGAGCUCUGGGACCACCGGUGGAGACGAAAAUUAGCGUCAAGACUUCUGGAAAUAAAGUUGAAAAAGUUUACAAUGACAACAUUCCCGUUAACUCGGCAUCUGAGCUUCGUAAACGCCCCCCAUCUCUUUGCGCUUCCUCCAGGGGGAACGUCAUGCAGAAGGCAAAGGAGUGGGAGUCGAAGAAGGGGACCUAGACUUUACAGAACCAUGGAGAGCAAAGAGAAACCUGUUUGUUUUGCUUGGAGAAUGUAGAAGAAGCAAUGAGAAGACUGCAUAUUGGUGAAGACAAAGAGAAGAACAGAAUAAAGAGGAUAGAGUGUUUUCCUUUAACAUAAAGGAAAUGCACAAAUAUGGUGAUGCUAACCAGACUACUGUAAAUGUGACAGACUUGACCAAUUAAAACCAGCGCAGUAUUGAUGUAUGCUCUAACCAGGAGUUACAGUAAGUCGUGUUCAUGCAUGUUUACAGGGUUUUUUUUUUUUUUUUUUUUCACAAAGUUGCAAAAUCAAGCAUGUUGGACAGAUGUUGGACCGACCUGCACAGUAAAGGGAGAGAAGGAUGAUUCUUACUGUAGGUUAGACAAACAGGGAAAGACUUCCUUCUGAUAUUCAAUACAUUUUAUUUAAUCAAAUCAUGUAAAUGAAAAUUGAAAGUGGAA